AUGGCCUAUUCGAACCCCCCGGAGCAGCGUCAUGACGAGUUCAUCAAAUUUGUCCAGCGCGAACUCCAACCAGGCGUUGACGGCGAUAACAACGAAGUCGAAUUUAUUAGUCCAUCAAAAACUUCAGCAUGGUGGAAGAAACGAAGCGAGAACCGUCUGGGUGACGCUAUCAAUCCACAAAUCAAUGCGCGCGCUGCAACGAUCGAGAAAGGCUACUUGAACAUCUUCUCUAUCCUCGCCUACAUCUCCAAGACGUACUUGAUCAAUCACUUCACAUCCAAUGGCUUCCAAGACCAGCAAUUACCUUUACUCGACACACGCCGCUUUGGAACAGAUGUCGCACUCGUUCGCGAUAUGGAAGACUUUGUCGAGCACCAAUGGACGUUCUGCCCCGUUGUGUUCUUUAGCCAUAUGCCAAUGGACAGAAGGGUUCUUCCAUGUCGCCAAAUCUUACCCAUCAAAGACGAGAAGAGAACUACUGCGAAACCAAAUCAUGCCAAAUCGGUCAUACGCAUUGUUACACUGCAUCCAGAGUGCUUUGACCCAACCUGGAGCCAAUCAGGUACUGUCGUCUUCAAGGAAUAUCACACACGAGAACGAGAUACUUUACGAAAUGCAUGGAUCAACGAGUAUAAUGCGUUCGUCAAGAUCGAUUGUUGCGACCACAUAGUCCAAUACCUCGGCUCCUUUGAGCAAGAUGAUCGCUGCUUCAUGGUAUUGGAGUAUGCUAGCCACGGCAGCUUACUCGAUCUAUUUCGAGAGGGCGAACCUCCAUCUGCACCUGAGGAACGCAGGUACUUUUUGUACGGCAUGAUGGGUCUUAUCAAGGCCAUCGACAAGAUUCAAAAUCUGGGUAGCGGAACCCAGCGAACAGGCUUUGCUCACCGGGACAUUAAACCGGCAAACAUACUCGUCUUUCCUGGUAGGAAUGGCCUAUACUCUGCCGGAUUCAAAAUGAAGCUUGCCGACUUCGACACUGCAACGCCUGAGCUUCCCAUCGAUGAAGCUGAGUUUAGUGUUCAAGACAACAAUGGGAACAGAACAUACUGCAAGUACAAUCCUCCAGUCGUGCAUUGCUUCGCUAACCACCUUGCAGGUGCUCCAGAGGCUUCCAGAAUAUACACCUACCAAGACAAGACCAUCCGAAAAGUCCCCUUGUCGUCCGACAUUUGGUCACUUGGCUGUGUCUUCAGCGAGGCACUUAUCUGGGUCGGUGGCGGAAGAGGUGCUCUCGAGCAAGCUGCCCGCGAUCGCAGAAACGAAAUUCAGACAUACUAUCAGAUCAUGGUAGGUGGCAGCUAUGGAGAGUGCUUCCACAACGCGCAAAUCGCACUGAACUGUGUUGUUCAAUCUCAAAUCGCUGCCGUCGAGGCCCUAGAGGGUCCCACGAACCUCUCGGGAAGUGUUUGCACUCUUGUUCGGGUGGGAAUGCUCGUGCCUCAUGAACAGAGAUACUCCCCUUCAUCUCUUUGGCACGAUUUCAAGAGCAAAUAUGACUACCUGUUUCCUAGUCCAGGUAGAGCUUACAGUGCACCAACUCAUUCUCGCCCUCAACAUCUGAGCCCCGGAGUUUCCAGCCCAGUGUCAACGAGAAGAUCUCUGAGAAGGGACGAGCCUAAAUUCGGUCAGGAGUUCCAUCAACGUACAGCUUCCAACCCAGGAACAGAAAGGCUGACAAUCGGCGACUCCGAUCGGUAUCAGUCCAAUUCAGAUCCGACCGACACUAUUCAGAGUCCUUAUUAUGGGGCAACCUUUAACAACGGAGCAUCAAUCCAUCGAGGAUCGCCUGUGAUAUUAAAUCCUGGUGAAAGUCCAGAUUCGCCUCGACUCGAUUCGUGCGUCGAUAAUGCUUUGAAACUAUGGACAAAUGAUCUCGAGACUUCACAAACUAUAGCUUCGAAUUCUCCAAGGAUAGGUACUCCCUUGCAAGACGACCGUCGCCAGUCUUCCUACAAAAGUCCCAUCAACAACCUAUGGGAUACUACUAGACUGCAUCCUCACAGAGAUCAAUAUUCUCAAUAUGGGGCUACCACUGUGAAAGAUGCAGUCACUCACCGCAAAAUCAAAGCCAAGAAGCAAAAGCUGGAUGGCUAUGAUUCAUUCUGUCGUCGUAUGGGUCGGAGACACUUUAUCUUUGUGAUAGACGACUCCGAUUCGAUGCGCGGUGUGAAGAGCGAAGUUGUUGAGGUGGUUGAAAUUCUGGUAUGGUUAGUCAAAGAUAUUGACAUAUCAUGCCCCGAGAUUCGGUUUACCUCUAAACCAGACAAACGACACCCAUCAGCAUUCGCGGGUCGAUUCAUACCUUACACCAUGGAUAUGCUGACCUCUCCGCUACGCCAUUGGUUGAGUGGGGACGAAGCUGAGAAGGAAUGCAACAUGAGAUACGCACUCAAUCAGAUUUUCAGCGAUAGUUGUCUCAUUGAUCCCAAGAAGCCGACAAGUGUUUUGGUGUUUACCAACGGCAUAUGGGAGGGUGGUGCUACUGAUGAACGAGGUGUGGAAGAUUGCAUCACGAAUGUUCUCAGAAAGAUGAGGGAGAAAGGAGUUAGCGACACCGGUUUCACUUUUCAGUUUGUUAGUUUUGGUGACGAUCAAGAUGGUCUCGAGCGGAUGAUAUAUCUUGAUGAUGCUGCCCUCUUUGGGGGCACUCGAGACAAUAGAGUCGAUAUUGUCGAUCACAAGAGACAUACCGAUAAUGUUUGGUCGAUUCUCACAGGAGCAGUCAGCAAGAAGAACGAUGACAGUUCGCAUGGUACAUCGACAGGCAGGCAUACCCCUUGUUAG